UCAACCGUUUUUCUCUAUGCCCCCCCCCACCUCCUUGGUGGCUCUAUGGCAAGUUUUAGGUUUCAUAACUCGAAAAUUCGGAUUUGGAUACCCGCAAUUGAAGCAGUCUUAAGUCGUCAAGAAGAUUUGCUUGCAGAUUAUCAGUCUUCAGAAUGGUUAACUUGUCAUUGUCCUGCAUAUUUGUCAAAACUUUGACUGUUUUAUUUGGUAUUGGAUCUUGGAUAGCAAUUAAUGGACUGUGGGUAGAGUUACCUCUUUUAGUUCAGGACUUACCAGAGAAAUGGAAUCUUGCUUCAUACCUAGCUGUUAUCAUUCAAAUUGCCAACAUUGGACCAAUAUCCUAUUCCAUAGCAAGAACGCUAUGUGGAAGAAAAUCACUAGAAAUUUCCACUGUACAUUUCAUGAUGACAAUAGGAGUUGUAGCUUGCCUCUUGUUAGGCUUCUUUUGGUCCAAGACUCUUUAUUUUGGUGGAGCUAAUCAUAGUAUUAUGCUUCUUGUUCUUGUGUUUUUCUUAUCACUUGUAGAUUGUACUUCAUCUGUUGUCUUUUUACCUUUUAUGGCACAUUUUAAAGAGCAGUAUUUAACCCCUUUUCUUAUUGGGGAGGGUAUGAGUGGUUUUCUACCCAGCUUGGUGGCAUUAGGCCAAGGGGUUGGAGGUAAUCCCGAAUGUAGGAAUGUCUCUUUUAAUAAUACCAACUUUGAAAAUAUGACUUAUAAAAUGGUUCCUUAUCGAACACCACCAAAUUUUCCACCAGAAGAUUUCUUCUUUUUCUUGAUGGGAAUGAUGAUCGUCAGCUGGGCUGCUUUUACUCUUCUAAAUGUCCUUCCUGUGGCAAAAAACGAAAUGGACUCCUACUCAGCUGAAAAAAAUAAUGUAAUUGCAUCACAGUCAGUUAAUGUUUCUAUUCUAACAUCACAAGAGGAGGAUACACCAGAGAAUGUCAACAAUAGAGUAGGAUGUGAAGAUAUUUCAUGUCAUUUGUCAGAUUAUGAAGCAUGUGCUCCUGUAUGUGGAACAUCAACGUAUUUGAUGAGCCAAACAGAAGCUUCUCAUCCUAAAACUGAACUAACCCAGACCACUGUUGCUGAUUAUAGAAGUCAAAAGCACUUAUCAUACUUGAAGAGAAGAGAAAUAAUUAUUUUUCUUUUAAUUCUUCAAGGUUGGGCCUGUAUACUUAGUAAUGGAGUAUUCCCUGCAAUUCAGCCAUUUUCCUGUCUCCCAUAUGGUGACAAAUCUUACCACCUGGUUGUCACACUAUCUAGUAUGGCCAAUCCUGUAGCUUGCUUUAUAGCAAUGUUUUGUAAAAUCCAGUGUCUGAAAGGUGUGUCUCUACUCUCUGUAAUGGGAACAGUAGUAUCUUGCUAUGUUAUGGCAACAGCUGUACUUAGUCCAGAACCUCCACUGAUGAACUCAGUGAGUGGAGAACUGUUAGUGGUUAUGUCAUGGAUUCUACUAGUAGGUAUAUUUUCAUACACCAAGGUUAGUAUUGCAAACUUAAUGCGUGAAGUAGGACAUAGAGCUUUGUUCUGGUGUGGUGCUGUAACCCAGGCUGGAUCAGCUGUUGGUGCAUUGGUGAUGUUUUUAUUUGUUAAUGUGGGAAAUUAUUUCCACAGCUUUGAUGCCUGUGGUCAAUAAUAAUACUGAUCAGUUAGGCUUACGAUUGAUUUAGUAAAUAAAAAAAAAAAAUACCAUUAACAACUUCUAUUAAGGAUUACUUAUAGAAUAUAUACAACUUGCAGUAUUGUAUAUUUGUCACACCAUUACACUGGGAAGAAUUUUAUUAUUAAAAGAAUUGAGUACCACUUUCAUAAAAUUUUCAAUUUUGGUUUCUAGUUAUGGAAAACUUAUUCUAUUGUUAAAUAGAAUCAUUGUUUUCAUGUUUGGGCCAUUGGUAUUUAUUUAUGGAAUAGUUUAGUGCAUUGCAGUAAAUUAAUUGAUUCUUUAAUGACUAGAGUUUUUAUAUUCUAUUAAAGUUAUAUUCUUGUAAAUUGUGGUGCACGUUCUCUUUACACAAAAAUGUCAGUAUUUAAUAACCAAUUACAUAUUUUAAAAUGUCACACCAUCAGGUCAUUUAGGAAUGCAUUUUUCACGAAAGCUAAAGAAAGAUACUGUGAAUUCGUUCUUAGAAGUUCAGUAAGAUUGAAGUAGAAAAUGUGUCCAAUAGGAAACUUUCAGGAUCAUGCCAUGUUUUUCAUAUCACUCAGUUUUAAACGUUCUUGAGCUCUCUAGCUCUUUGGUACUCCACUAUAAAAUUACUGUAUGAAAUGUCUUCAAAAGACUGUCAAGUCACACACAAUCCACUUCAAAUCAUUUCUGAAGAGCUGUCUACAGACCAGUGGUACAGGUGUAACCUGUGAAUUUGUCAUCAUAAUUUAGUAGUUUGAAUGUGGUAAUACAUUUGUAGCAGAUUAAUAAAAGAUCAAUAUAAUAUGACUAGGACUACCAUACUUAGAUGUAAGGAAGCUCAUGACCUUAUAUUUAUAAAAAAAACUAAGUAAAAUGAAUCUGAAAUGAUAAUUUUAAAUAAAAUGAAAUCUAAAG